AUGGGAUUGGACCCAUAUUUGGUCGCUGGACGUGAACCCACUAGCGAUAUUUGUACUCUUCCCACGAAACUCUUUAGGGAGCUUGAUGCGUGUAUGGCAGAUCAACUCGACGACCAUGCCGAUGAGAUAUCCACAGCAGCUGCCAGGCAGGAAGAAAACGACCAGAUCGACCAGUCAUUACGUCGUUCAAUGUACUCCUAUGCGGCCCAAUGGCUUCCAUUACUUGGGGAGCAAGGCAAUAGUCUCAUGGUACCGUACGACCAAAUUACGAGAGACUGCUGGCGUACAACCAGGAGAGAAAUGCUUAGGAUCAUAAAUCGCAAGUCAUACCGCUCUGUUCUUGCACUAUAUCUAUUUAGCCAGACUGCCAUUCCGACAGGAUUAUCUGAGGAUGAAGAACGAGACGGAAUUAGUGGAGUGGUUUGCAACCAAACCGCAUACUUGCAGAUCCAGCAGCUCAGAGAACGUCUGCGUAACUCUAAUUUUGAUUGCUCAGAAGCUUCAGCUUGGUCAGACUCUAUCUCGACUCCUGUUCCAAGUCCAAAUAUCUCAGACUCGUAUCUAAGUCUCGAAAGCAGGGCAUUCUGGGCGGCAAUUACUUGGGAUACUUGCAGCUCGAUGACGUUGAAUUUUCGAUCGUCUUUGAGUUCUGGGUUGAAAGGCGCUUGUUUGGAGACAUCAUGGCGCCUUGCCAGAGGAUUUCUGGUUGGAUCUUUCCAGUCCAGAACCGAAGUGUGGCGCAAGCAGGGAUUCGAAGUAUCUGAUGAGAUCGCCCAGGAGAUAACUUCGGCAGUUGCUGUCUGCAUAAUCUACACGUGGAGAACAAUCGCAAGUGUGAAAGAAGCGCUCAGAGAAGGCGUUGAGGAAGAGAGUGUGCUUUUCUCUUGGAAAGCCGUCCUCGAUGCACUUGAUAUCUUCAGAACCACUAUCCACCCUCUUCUCAACACCAUUGAAAGGCAACUUCACUUUCUCAGCCAAGUGAAUCGACUAUACUGGUACGAGAUGAUCAUGCAUUACUACCUCGGCAUCCUGAUGCUGGUCGAAGCCCUUGAUAUCGCCAAGCGCACAGAUUUAUCCUCGCAAGUAACAGACGCACGCCUCGAAGCUGAACAUGGGUGUUUCAACAACCUUAAAUUUGGCCUCGAAGGUAAAUACGCGGUUGAUACAGCAAUUACAGAAUCACAAACCAACUUUGAUGACACAUCUCCCUCAGGAGACUCCCAUCAAUUGAUUGUCACAUCAUUUGUUGCAAUAGACCCAUAUCCCCACCACGUCGUCGCGUCAGUCAGGCUUGCGUACAAUGCAGUCAGCCGCAAAUACCGACAAGGCAACAUAAAGUAUGAAGCUUUCUAUCAUCUUUCCUCCACACUGCUUCGAGUUCUAGCAGAACUGCCUCAAAGUUCCAAAGCUGUGAUACUUGCCAGGAAAAAUCUUCAGGACUCCAUCAAUCGUUUGGAGACAAGUUCUGCCACGGUUUCCACAUAUAUUGAAUAA